AUGGCGACUAAAAUUCAGCUCAACACCCUUAAGGACUGCUUUAAGUUCCUGGAGUGGUUGUAUAAGGGGGAUGGGAAAGAUAGGCUUAAAGAGGUGUCUCAAAAUCUACACUCGCGUAUUAAAAACCAUUUUAGUUCUACAUUUCUUAAAGAAGGCUACGUUGAACAGGGCUUAUCCCCGUUCCUUGAGAAGGCGUCUCGGAUUUAUGGGAGGUUAAGCAAAGAUCCACAGCCGGGAGAUUAUGGCGGUAAAAAUGCAACAGAGAUUGUCGACGCCCUUCUCGACUGCCACCCUAAAUUCUUCGCCGCUAUGUACUUUCUGCAGUACUGUGUGAAUAACACUUUCGGGACGCUGGGCGGUGGUGGAUGGGAAAAGAAUUACCCAGGGUAUGAAAAUAAACCAUGGCUGGGCAGGAAUGAUUGGGGCGGUGACUUGCAAGAAUAUCUGAGAUCCGUCAAACCUGAAGACUACGGUGGCAUAAUUCCUGGAGGCUGCGGAUUCGAAGAGGUGAGAUACGGUCACUGGGAUUCUGCUGGCUAUUCCCAGGGUACCAAAAUGUAUUUGGACCUACAAGAGAUCUUGAAAAGAGACAUCUAUAAUUUUUUCCGCAGCGUAUUUGUCAGCUCCGCUGUUGCAUACUCCGGCGUUAAUAAGGAGAACACCGCGAAUGCGCUCUCACUGGUGAGGACCUUCUGCGAUAUUGUUAAAAAUGAGCCAAGUAGUGAUGGCGGAGACUUAUUAAAGAAAUUGAAUGCAGACCUUCAAAAGUACAAUCCCCCGAAAUCCAUAUGCUGGAAAGAUUUACGAGAGCAUUGCGCUCAGCUUAGAAAUCAAAUUGACAAAAUAUUCAAGCAUUACCGCUUUGACUUCACAGGCCAGGUGACGAAAGUUAGCGACCUUAAUGAGAUAGAGCUUGCAGGGAAAACAGCGGACUGGUUGAGAGGGAAUGUGGUCAAGGUGCGGGGACAUUUGAAUAAAAUUGAGGAAUACAAGACCGGUCAGCAUUUUGGAGAAUACUUCACUAAAAACCUUUUCCCCUACGGAUUCGCGUUUAGUGACAAAAGUCGCUCUAUAAGCUCAACUGAAGUAAGGAAUUUGAUGAGCGAUUUGUACAAUGUAAGCAAACAGCUUAGCGAAAAUAGACUCCAUUUGGAUAGGCUUAAAGAUAUUUUAGAUGGCAAUUAUAGAAAUUCAUGUCCACCGGCGUCCCCAUCUAAAAAGCCUGAGGCCCCGCCUGCAAAGCCUGUUGUCACUAAAGCGGAGGCGACGAAGCCAACUGCCACUAAAAAUGAAGGCACCUCAAACCAAGGCAAGAAAGCGGAGGGAGCACAGAACCAGGGGGAGAAAGCUGAGGGAACUCCAAAUCAGAGUAACGGUCAAAGUGGAGAUGUAUCUUCAGGUCCACCAGUUCUAAAGUCUGCUCCAGAUUUGCCUCCCGUUGGUGGAGGAGAUUCAGGCCCGAAAGGGGCUAGUGGUGCAGUGGUUAAGGGGUCUUCUGUUACAGUGACUCCGGCUGUCUCAACAGACUCCACCUCAAGACUCUGUAGCAUCCCUAAUUCCCCCCCCCCUGCCUUUCUUCCUGGGGGCGCUGCCUCCUCUGGUCAGCCGGGUGUCGGGGGUCAGGGUUCACCGGCCGGUGUUACUCCAGCUCCACAGCAUCCUCCCCCUCAAGUACCUGCGCCUCCUCAGCCUCCGGGUGUUUCAGGUUCAGGCUCUGGUACAACUGGUGGUCAAGUUGUUACUCUACAAACAAGUCAAGACGCCGUUCACAGUUCAAGCAGCGGCGCUAAUACGUCGGGUACCACGGCUGCUGGUGUCGGUCGCGGGAUCCAUGUCGAAUUAUCGUACACUAAAGGUACCAUCCAUUGUGACACCCGUCCUGUUUUGACGCUAUGA